AUGCCCAAACCUUCAAAACAUAAACUUCAUUUAAAAAAAGUUCAAGACUUGCUGGCCAGAAAGCGCAAGCUAAAUCAGUGCCAAGAAAGCGUUAAUGAAACAAUGAAUAAUAUGAAUAAUUCAAAUAAACAGGAACUUAAAAUCAUGCAUAAUACAACCUCUGAUGUCUCGAAUGUUGCUAAUUCCAAUCCUCCUAGCAUAUAUAAUAUGAUAACUAAUACUCUUAAGGACAUGCCCGAAAACGAUCUCAAAUUAGUAUCUCAUUUUUUACAUACAAUAAAAUACUCAUAUGGAAAAAACAAAGAUCGAAUUAUAUCACCUUACUUGCAAAAAAAAGCAUUUAAUUAUAUAUCUAAUUCCCUUUAUAAACCUGGAAAUUCCCAUGAGUUAUUAAAUAAUCAAAACAAACAACUUAAAAAAAGCAUUAAAAAAUUACAAAAAUCUAAAGACUGUAUGACCCAUAAAGUUCGUGCAGUAGCCAAACGUCGAUCAGAAUUAAAAGACAAUGAUUUGAGAACCAUAAUUAGAAAUUUAAUAAAACAAAAUAAAAAAGAAUACAAUACAGAUUUUGUUAAGCUUACCAUUCAAGUUUCUCAAAUUGGUCAAAUAUCUUUCAAUACGGCAGCAGAAAGUAUCAAGACUGUUUUUAAUUUUUUAACAGGAAAUAACACAGAGUCAUGA